AUGGCCAACAUUUUCAAGCUCUUUUCAACACUCACUCUUCUGUUUUUAGCCCUGCCAAUGGCAUCGUCAUUGGAAACCUCGGAGCUAACCCUUCAAUCUCGACUCAAUGCGGACUCCCCGAGUUGCUGGGAAUCAUUGACCCAGAUUCAAUCCUGCACUGGAGAAGUCAUCUUGUUUUUCCUCAACGGUGAAACCUACCUCGGGGAUUCAUGCUGCCACGCUAUUCAUACGGUUAGCCACCAGUGCUGGCCGAACAUGCUUGAAACACUAGGGUAUACCACGGAAGAAGGUGACAUACUUGAAGGAUACUGCGAUCAUGAAACUUCCAAGUCUCCGCCGUCUGUGAAGGCUAGCGUGGUUGCUCCGGCGAAUGAUAUACUUCCUUGA